AUGAAACGAUUUUACUUAAAGGCAAUAGCUCUCUUAUUUAUGUUUAUAUCUUUUUGGAAUGAAAUAAAAUCUACUAAAAAUGAUAAUAAUGAAGCAGGGGGUAAUGCAGCCUCUAAUAUGUCUAAACAAGAACUAGACGAAGUUUAUCUGGAAUUUGUCGAAUAUGAUUUAAAUAGAGAUGGUUUAAUUGACGCAGAGGAAAUUAUAUCAGUUUUAAAAUAUAUGAAAAAAUCAGAUUUCAUAAAUUUUUUUACAAAAGUCGAUUUAGACUCAUCAGGAACAAUUUCAUUUAAUGAAUAUAUGAUAUUCAUAAAUUCAAAUUAA